CGCGGCUCGGUGUCUUUCCCGCCAUGUCGUUCGUGGAGAGCGCGAAGCGCGCCUCUUUGCAGCGCCGCCGUCGCGGCACCCCCGUCCCUUUCGCUCGGCCGAGGUUAUCCGCCUUGACUCAAGGGGACAGUUGGGGUGAAGGUGAAGUCGACGACGAGGAGGGAUACGACCAAGUAGCCCGCGACCUGCGGGCGGAACUGUCCGCGGGGGCGUCGCCGGAGCCUAGAAAGGGCGCGCUGCUCCCGCCGGAAAAGGACGGCUCUCCCGUCCUGCCCGACAAACGCAACGGCUUCUUCUCGGCGGAGGCGCGCGGCCCAGCCCGGGCGCGGCGGUGGCCGGUGCAGGUCCUCUCAAUUCUCUGUGCGCUGCUGUUUGCCGUCCUCCUCGCUUGCCUUCUCGCCAUCGCCUACCAGAUCGUGAAAGACUUACAUGCUGAGAAUUUGAAGAAUGAAGAUGACGUAGACACGGGGCUAUUAGGAUUCUGGACUCUACUUAUAAUAUCCCUAACUGCUGGGUUCUCCUGCUGCAGCUUUUCUUGGACAGUGACUUACUUUGACUCUUUUGAGCCAGGAAUGUUUCCUCCUACUCCUCUUUCACCUGCCAGGUUCAAGAAACUUACUGGACAUUCUUUCCACAUGGGCUAUAGCAUGGCAAUUUUGAACGGCAUUGUAGCUGCUCUUACUGUUGCAUGGUGCCUCAUGUAAACCUGCACUGAAACAGUAUUCUUGGCAAAGCUUAGUCAUGAUUGCUUUGUAGUACCAGGGAAGAAGAUCAUUGCCUACUCAGAAGACCAAGAAACCUGCUGUUCGUUAUGUGAUUCCGAUGUCUGCCAUAUCAUCAUUAUGGAGGACCUUCUUAAGCAUCGUUCUUCAACCUAGGCACUGGGUUAUCUGAAUAUUAAGUUUCAAGUAGUUUCUUAAAAUUGUAAGAUGUUUACCUUAUCUCUUUUGUGUGUGUUAUUUUUCUAAGCUGUAGAAAGCAUUUUAAUGGAAAUCAAACUGGAAAACUUGAAUACAGCAUAUACCUUCCCAUGUGUAUACUACAUUUUUCCUAAGGAAUGCUGAUAAUAUAUCUUGAGAUAGAUAUAUCUUUAUUCAUUAUGUCAGGAAAGCAAACAAUGCCCACUACUUUGACAUUUUAUAGAAGCUACUUUUAAAUCUAAAUAUUUAGGUUUUUUAUAUUCAUAUAAUCAAUAGAAGGUGCAUUUAUAUAUUUUAAUGGUGCAUAGUUUCUUGUGUGUUUUUAUUUACAUAUUUCCUACCACAUUAAAUUUGUAUGUUUUAAAAAUUGUUACAUCUAGACUAAUAUAAAUGUUAUUCUUUAGCUGGCGCAAACCUAAUACCUACCAUUUUUAAAAAUGGCUUCUUUUUUUAAA